AGUAUCUUCACUUCCUCAACUUCAACCAUGGAAGAUAUUUCCGAUGCAUUCCCACCCCCCCGUGGAUCGGCACUCCGUCGGUACAAUGUAGAACGUUCUUGCUUGAAAUGCCACGAACGCAAGAUCCGCUGCGAUAAGCGGACACCUUGUGCGUCAUGUGUACGACUGGGUACUCUGUGCAGGUAUCCAGGUCCAGAGCGUGCCAAGAGGCGGCAGCAACAGAAGGUCGUAGUGACAGAUAUCUCGACUCGCUUGACCCAACUAGAGAGGGCCGUUACCGCACUGGCGGAAGGACAAAUUCCCGCCAGGAAUGAUGCAAAUUCACCGAAGAAAUUCAGGAGUAUCAAUGAGCGGCCAGAAAACCCCCUACAUCAAUCGACUUUGAGAGAUACUCUUCCACCUGCUAGACGUCCGUCCAGCGGGCCUACAGGUGUUACCAGCAAAGGGUUACUUUUGCCGGACCGUCUAUACAUCAACGACCGUCUGUUAUCACGUGUUCUUGAAAAGGAACAAGAGCUGCAGUCAGCCAUUGGUGGCCCCAAAAUUUCUAAUACCGACACCAACAACGAUAGCAAGUCGUCUUCUAUCAAUGUUGACACAAUACUCUUUGGCUCCGGGCAGUGUGCAAUAGAUAUUGUCACCCUGCAUCCAUCACAGCGUGAAGUCUCGCAACUCUGGCAGGCAUACAUAACCAAUGUAAACAUGCACAUUAAAGUCUUGCAUAUUCCCACUGUCCAGUCGAUGUUGUUUGCUGCAAUAAAAGACUUGAAGAAUGUGCCAUACGAUUUCAACGCUCUUAUGUUUGCAAUUUACUUCUGUGCCACUAGUAGCUUAGACCCAGUGAGUGUUGGACGUGUGCUCGGGCAGGAAAGACACGCUGCAUUGCGACGAUUUCAACAAGGGAUCGAACAAUGCUUAAGUCGAGCCUCCUUUUUAGAGUUACCAACUGUGACUUCUUUACAAGCCUUUGUGAUGUUUCUGAUGAGCGCUCGAGUUCACAAUAAAGGCCGCUCAAGCUGGACACUUACUAGCCUUGCAGCUCGGUUGGCGCAAUCGAUAGGUCUUCAUCGAGACGGGAAGAACUUUAAUCUACCACCGUUAGAAUCAGAACUUCGGAGGCGUUUAUGGUGGCAAAUCGUAAAUAACGAUCAUCGUGCAUCUGAGGACCACGGAAUCUCCAUCUGCACAUCGUAUGGAUUUUGCGACACGGAAUACCCUCUUCACAUAAAUGAUGCUGAUAUAUCUAUCCAUUCACAAACCCUUCCUCCUCCGCGCAAAGAAUUCUGUGAUAUGACCAGUUUUGUGAUCAUUACAGAGGCCAGUAGCGCGUUUCGCGAAUAUUUACCCGCCACGCGUCCUUUUCGAUGUAGCGUUGGACCCAGCGAUAUAGACAAGAGGAAACAGUUGGGCUGUCUUUUAAAUCGUUUGGAACGAAUUUAUCUUCCUAUUUGCGAUAUAAACAUCCCAACACAACGGAGUGCUUAUUACAUCGGAAAAGUCCUUAUCUCGAAAAUGAAAUUCUUGGAUGAACAGCAGUCUACCGCCUGCGAAACAAACGACAAAACAAUUGCUUCUGGAAGUACGGACCAUAGCCUCGUGUUAGCUUGUAAGGUACUGGAAGUAUCUAAUAUCUUACUGCAAGAUGAGCUGUUAUCUCACUGUCACUGGAUAUUUCUUUCGUACACCCAGUACCACGCAGUGAUAUAUAUACUCUGGCAUAUGUGCGUUAAUCCGGCUGUUCAGGAUGCCGAUUACAUUUGGAACCUUGUUAAUCAUUACAUAACCUUGGUUGAGUCCUUCCAAGCUAUCGCUGACCUUGGACCAAAAUGGCCAUUCGUGCGUCGACUGAGGGAGAAGGCGUUAAGCAUCAGAGAGAAAUCGACGAUAGAGGAAACUGUUUCUAAUGAAAGUCAACAGCAAAAUUCUCAUUUCCCUCUUGACUCAGAAGCCAUGCCCAUUGCACGUGCAGGUGUGAUUCACGAAGACUUUUUGGAUUAUGUCGACUGGGACUUUAGUGCAUCAUCUUUUGCCGACUGGAGUAACUUUUCUCUGAAUCUCGAUAAGUAUUCCUAUGAAUCAUAAGUUAUCCCUUUAUUUUCUGGAAAGGCUUCGUACCUCAUAAUUUCCAAGAAUUGAUGGAAAGCUUCGACCACUGGCUCAGAAAUAGCGUUGAUUAAAUCUAGGGUUUGUGAACCAGUAGUUGAACUUCUUACGGUUGCUCCUCAUCACAAAUAUUUGUACACAACGGAGCGUUUUUCAUCCACCUUAUGAUAGGUUGCAGGAUUUUAUCUGAUAAAUACAACUGUAUUAUAGUAUACAGAUUGGGGGUCAAAUUUGUAUGUAUCCUAAAGCUAGCAUGAACUAAGACUAGUCACCUAUGUCUCAACUAUAUUUAUCCAACAAUAUACCCACAAGUUAGCCUUGAAUAAGAAGGUGUUACUUAGAAACGUGAAGACGAAAAGAAGAGCAUAGGA